UCUGGAGAUUACAGCCCCACUUCAUCUCCAAUGUUUGAACAAGACAAGGAUCCUUUCAUAGACGAUGAUGACUUCAAUGUUUUAACCAUCGUUUUCUAUGUCGCUGCCAUUGGAAUAAUAUGUGUCUUGGGCGUUAUAUUCAACGCGGUCAACAUUUACGUGUUUUUCAAGCAAGGAUUCAAAGACACAGUCAACAUCACUCUUUUCAGUCUGGCCAUUUCCGAUAUGGGAGCUCUGAUAACGCUCUUUUGGAUGAGUGUCUGGUUCAACCCUUCGAUCGCUCAAGCUGUUCUGCCUGUGGUUAGUAUAGACUUAGUACAUAUAACAUCGGGAUGGCCUCAUGUUGCUUUUGCACGAAUCUCCGGCUGGAUCACAGCCUUCGUCACGUUUGAGAGGUGUCUAUGUAUCGCUCUGCCCCUCAAAGUAAAGACAAUCAUAACACCGAGACGUACGAUUUACGUAAUUGUCAGCAUAUACAUAGGCGUGGCUGCUUGUGUUGCUCCUGCGUUCUAUUCUAUCAGUCUGGGGCCAAAAUAUGAUUCAGAAGUAAACAUGACCGUGAUAGGAAUAGUAUAUACCACCCACGGCGUUAUGAUUGAGAGUAUAUCUUUUCUCCUCAGUGCUUUCUCUCAGCUUGUCUCAUUCUUCUCAGUAAUCGUGUGUACGGUAAUCCUUGUCCACAACCUUCUGAUCAAAUCAAAAUGGCGGCAGUCGAGUUCCAGCGCAGCAAAGCAGGAAUCUUUAUCGAAUAGAGACAUGAAAGUUGUGAAAAUGGUUGUGUCUAUUGCCGUAAUCUUCAUAGUUUGUUUUUCCCCCAGUGCUGCCAGCACUUUUGCGAUGAUGUUUUUCCCAGAGUACAACUUUUACGGUGAAUACCAAAAUAUCUAUCUGUUCAUAUGGGCUAUAUGCUUUCUGCUGGUAGCGACGAAUUUAGCGGUGAAUAUAUUUGUGUAUUACUACAUGAGUUCGAAAUUUAAAGAAAUUCUCGACGACACGCUCAAAAAAGUGAGAGGGAAAUGUUGUGCGUGA